GUGGAGGAUGAAGGCUUUUCUAUUUUUACCUUCAAUGUUCUUCUUCCCGACUCUGCCUCUGUUUCUUUUCUUUCUUGGCUGAUCCAUAUAGUUGGUGCGUUUAUAUCGAUUAUCAGCUUACAUGACACGACACACAUCAAUCCUGAAAGAGUAUCAUUAUGAAGAAGCCAACAAUGGCAAGGCCCAAGGGUACUGUUACAGGGGAAGAAAGUUCAUGUGACUGCAAAGAGACGGUUUGAAAAUCUAGGGGCUCUUGCAUUUAACUGAAAGCGAAGUUUUUGUGUCCAAAUAUAUACCCAUAUAACCUGCAUAACAUUUCUCACAAACUCAUUUAGAAUCCAG